AUGCGGUUCCUCACGACCGUGGUCGCUGCCAGCAUCACUGCGCACGCCUUCCUUGGGGCCCUAUCGCAGGAGGAGGUCACCUCUCCUGCCCCAGGAGCCCAGCCGUUCAGCUACGACCUCAACACUGGUCUCGUCGCGCAGUUGCAGGUAUCCGGAGAGUCCGCGCCCCAGCUCGAGUACACGACUGAGAAUGGCGCGCCGUAUACGAACCCGUAUGACGCCUGGAAGAUUGGUUCGAAUGGGCCUCUGCUCUUGGAGGACUACCACCUGACCGAACUCUUCGGCUCGUUUGAUCGCGAGCGCAUCCCUGAACGCGUCGUUCAUGCCAAGGGCGCGGGUGCACAUGGGUACUUCCAAGUGACCAAUGCAUCCUUCUGCAAACAGUAUACGAUGAUGGAUAUGCUCAGUGAGGAUGGUCUGAAGACGCCCGUAACCGUCCGCAUCAGCACCGUCGGCGGGGAGACGGGGUCUGCGGAUGAGGCCCGUGAUCCUCGUGGAUUUGCGGUCAAGUUCCGCACUCGCAAGGGUAUCCUCGACAUUGUGAUGAACAACACGCCGGUGUUCUUCAUUCGUGACCCAUCCAAGUUCCCGCACUUCAUUCACACGCAGAAGCGUAACCCGCAAACGAAUUUGAAGGACAAAGACAUGUUCUGGGACUUCCUCAGCGCUAACCCGGAGUCCUUGUAUCAAGCGAUGAUCUUGUUCUCCGACCGCGGCACGCCCUACGGGCUCCGACACAUGGAUGCCUGGACUGGUCAUACCUACCGAUGGAUUCAGACUGACGGUUCAUUCCACUACGUGAAGCUACACUUUGAGACCAUGCAGGGGGUCAAGAACUUCACCAACGCAGAGGCCACCGUCAUCCAAGGGACGAAUCCGGACUUUGCGACUCAAGAUCUGUACGAAGCAAUUUCAAACGGGUCUUACCCGGGAUGGACGGUGUACGCACAAGUCAUGGCUCCGGAGCAGGCCGAAAACUACACCUACAACGUCGAGAUCGGGAAGAUGUAUCUGACCCAGAACCCGACGAACUAUUUCGCGGAGGUCGAACAGGCCGCGUUCUCACCGUCCCACAUUGUGGACGGAUGGGCUCCUUCUGCUGACCCGAUGCUGCAGGCGCGCCUGUUCGCCUACUCCGGUAUGUACGCAGAGAUGUUGAGAAACGCUCAUGCUGACAGUCGAUGCAGAUACCCAGCGAUACCGACUGGGUCCAACUGGGAACGUGGCGGUCAUAUGAACAUCAAUGGCAACCAAGGUAACAGGCCUAACUACAUGUCCACGAUGAGCCGCCUUGGUCUCUACAAUCGAACCUACACUCUCGAUUCCCACCAGCAGUGGACGGGAGGUGCUGUGCAGUCGCUUUCCAUGGUCACGGAGAUCGACUUCUCCUGGCCGCGGAUCUUCUGGAACACCAUGUCUGAUCAGGACCAGCAGAACUUGAUUAGCAACGUGGUUGGCCAUCUCGGCGAAGUGGUGAGCCAGGAGGUCCGGGAGCGACAGGUUGCUCUAUUCAACCAUGUCAAUGCCACACUGGGUCAGGCCAUCGCGGCAGGUGUCGGCGUCACAAGCAUUCAAAGCUUGAACUUCACGUAUGGGGAGACGUGGCUCAACCACACUGUUUACAGCACGGACAGCACGUUGAACUUCGUCUAG